GACAGUGUUAUACUCAUGUGAAGUUUUUUUGGGGGGGGCAUCCCACUUUUUUUGGAGGAGAGUAUCCCCUAAUUUCUUUGUUUGUUAUUGUCUAUCAAAAACAUAUUAGGCUACUGAGCAUUUGCAUUUGAAUUUUAAGACGUGCAGCUUCCGCAGACGAAGAUCACUGAUUAUCACUUGAACAGGGGAGACACAAAAGCUCUCCACCAACUAUGGAAACAGAGGCAACUGAUGGAUAUUCUGCAAGUAACGGAGACUGCUCUCCCAGGAAGACAGAGAACUCUAGAAUGUUGGUGGACCUGUCGGCAAACACACCCAACGCACAGCAGCCCCAGGGUCCUUAUUCACCGACUGAACACACCAUCAAACAAGAAGAAGAGACAGAAGAUGAAAGGGACAGGAGGACCACAGCUGAGGAUAUGGGACAAAGUGGGGAAGAGGAAUCGGGAUUGGAAGAGCCCAUGAUUGACAGCCCAAACAACCUACAGGAUGGGGUCCCUGGGUCAGAUGGGUCAUGUGACCCAGGAACUCGGCUGCCCAAUGGUGAUAGGUCGUUCCAGUGUAACCAGUGUGGCGUGUCGUUCACUCAGAAGGGCAAUCUGUUGAGACACAUCAAACUGCACACGGGGGAGAAGCCCUUCAAAUGCCCCUUCUGCAGCUACGCCUGCCGCCGUCGUGACGCACUUACAGGCCACCUACGCACACACUCAGUGGGUAAACCACACAAGUGUGACUACUGUGGGCGGAGCUACAAACAGAGGACAUCAUUGGAGGAGCAUAAAGAGCGCUGCCAUAACUACCUUGAGAGUGCUGGCAUGGAUCCCACCUCCGUCACUGGGCCUUAUCCAGGUGAGGUCCCUAAAGAGCAGAGGCCCCUGGCGGAGGCCGCUGCCAUGGCAACAUUAAACCGGCCACCUGUCAUUGAGAAACUGCAGAGUAACGUAGGGAAGAGGAAGAGUACCACUCCACAGAAGUUUGUGGGUGAGAAGAUGAUGCGUUAUAGUUACCCGGAGCUGAGCUAUGAGAUGGGUCUGAAGUAUGAGAAGGAGGCAGAGCUGAUGCAGGCUCACAUGAUGGACCAGGCUAUCAACAACGCCAUCUCUUACCUGGGCUCUGACUCCCUGAGACCCCUGGUCCACCAUCCCCACCCCCAUGGUCCCCACGGUCCACAGCCGUCUCUUUCUAUGGCUGAGGUGGUACCCAUGGUCAACCCCCUCUUCCACCACGUCUACCCUCUGGGGUCAGGGCUGCGUAUGGACCGACCGGGUAGCCGCGACGCUCCACCUCAUCCUUCACCUCUGCCCCCUCCUCCCCCUGACUUCCAUCCCUCCUCCAACGGGCCCAUCGCCCUCACCAGACCUAAGCAGCACCACCCACAGGGUACCAGAGAGGAAAAAGAGUCUCCUAGCAACAGUGGGCUGGACUCGGCCGACUCUGCCCGGAGCAGCCCACAGGAUAGGCUGGGUUACCACUGGAACAACCCCCACCACCGUCCCAGAUCCAGCCCAGCGUAUGGCGGCAGAGAGGAGGGGCGAGGUGGGGCUGAGGUGGCCCAGGGAAGGGCGGCAGAGAGGCCUAUAAGUCGGGAAGGGGUGCGUGUGUUUGGGCGAGAGGGGCGGAAGAUGAGGGUGUUCCAGUGUGAACACUGCCGCAUUCUCUUCCUGGACCACGUCAUGUACACCAUCCACAUGGGUUGUCAUGGUUACAGGGACCCGCUGGAGUGUAACAUCUGUGGCCACCGCAGUAAGGACCGCUAUGAGUUCUCAUCUCACAUCGUCCGCGGGGAACACACCUUCAACUAGAGGGAUGGACUGGACAGAAGCCACCACUGGUUCCCGCCCCAUCCCAUCCCACCUCAGGACAGUGAUGUUGAACUAACUGUGUGUGGUCAAUGCAACCAACCAGUAGAGAGAGAACUAACCAACAUUUGCUGCAGCAUAAUGAUACUAGCUAUAUAUCAUUCCAAACAAAUAUAUGAAGGUCUGGGCCAAAUACACAUUUUAAUUGUACAAGGUGUUUUGAAGAAUUUGAGGUUGAGAUAUGUAUCACAAGUGAGGGAUUUUUUUUGGAGUGAAGAAGAUCACAAAGAAGUAGUACACCUAGAAAGUUUUGUCAUGGUGUGUCUCUGUGAGUAGUUCUAUUAUAGUUUAUCACUGUUCCUUUCUUGCUGAAUAAUGUACUGUUGGACUUGUUCGUUGCCACAUAGACUGCCAUGUAAGGUCUCAACUUAUCAAGGGGCUUUCCCUGACCCCACCAACUGAACCAUACUUUAGAAUAUAAUAUUCUUUCUUGCAUGAUUUCUUGCAACAGACUGUAUAUCUUCUCUGUCUUUCUAACUGCUAACUGCACAGGCGUGUUGUCACACUAGCCACAUUAAAGAAUUACAUUUUCUGCAGAGGGAAAGAGAGUAGUG